AAACAAUGCCUCCAAGGGACGCGCACGGAAGUACUCUCCCAAAUCACAGAUUGGGUGAACAGCACUGAAGACGACGUUCCACGGGUGUUGUGGCUAUCUGGCAAUGCAGGCAAGGGCAAAUCAGCCAUUGCCCACACGGUCGUUAAGUGGUUCAGCGAUGCGGGAGGGCUUGGUUCGUGUUAUUGCUUCGAUCAAGAUCGAGGAGCCGACCGUCACCAUGAGAAGAUAUUCUCUACCAUCUCGUGCUCAGUCUAG